AUGGAGGAUCUCGAUCCUCAUGAUAGUCGCAGUCGCUCGACUAUUUCCUCAGACUCGUCGAUCUUCGCGAGAUCUUUGCUGGGCGGUUUCUUCGCCGGGCUGAGCUGGAGCGGCGACGGCUCGCGACGCACCUCCAGGAGCGCGAGCAUUGCGACGACGACGGCAUCGUCGUCGUCGGCGACGGCGACAGCUGCGGCCACGAGCGAGGUGCCGGCACCGUUGGCGCCGCAGCGUCGCCCCCGGCUGCACUGUCCCUCGCGGCACGUCAACCGCAACAAUAACCAGUCGAUCAACAGCAGUAUCUCCGGCCUGACGCACGACCGUCGGCACACCUGCUCUAGGUGCGGCAAGAGUUACAAGAACGCGUACAUACUGAAGCGACACAUGCUAUACGAGUGCGGCAAGGCGCCCUCCUUCAGUUGCCCUCACUGUUCGUUUAGCUCCAAGUACGAGCGCAACCUGAAGGCGCACAUCAACCAUCGGCACGUCGACCUGCACCCAACGAUGCCCGGCCUCGUCGUCAAUCGCCCGUGUCGCCGUCAGUAUCCACAUCUGGACUACAACAAGCCGUUCGUGUGCGACCGCUGCGGCAGGAGGUACAAAUUGAGGUGGUCCCUGCACUGCCACAAAAGGGACGAGUGCGGCAAGGAGCCGCGUUUCAAGUGCUACUAUUGCAAUUACUGGAGCAAAAUACGAUCGAAUUGGAUCCGCCACGAAAAGAUCCACACCAAUCCCUAUUCAAGAUCGUGGCUGUUGGAGCAAAAGCACAAGAUAAGGCUCAGCAAUGUACCGGAGAAGUUUCGCGACUUGACGCUACUUGACAAACGAUACACGUGCGACACUUGCGGCAAGUCGUACAAAUGGAAAGAAUCUCUCUGCAAGCACCAGCGCAUCGAGUGCAGGAAGCAACCGCAGUUCAUCUGCAAGAUAUGCGGCUAUCGUUUCAUGCAUAAGCAUCAUCUGACGAAGCAUGUCACGAGAAUUCAUUUCGAGCGCUUAUUGUGA